UGUGCGUUUUUCGAAAUCACAAACGGACAAUAGACACUGUUUUGUUUAUGUGUAAAGAUCAGAGACGCUCCCCAAUAUUCGGCGUAGUGGUGGCGAGUAUAAAACCAUAAGCGACUCAUACGGAUCAUUACAGAGCCGCACGCAUCUGCAGCUAUGAGGACAGCGUUAGUGAUACUGUCGUUGGUGGCGGCCAUAGCGGGCGAGGCGCCUUACCAUCUCCCGCGGCCGGGGGUGAACGCACCAGUGUUCAACUACCCUUCAGCGCCUGCUCCUGUGCCUGCACCUGCGCCUGCGCCUGUGCCUCUACUACCUGCACCGCAGUUCCAGCCCCAACAACAGUUCAACCCUAACUCAGGCUACAAUUACCAGGCUCCCCAGCCGCAGUACAUCCAGCCUGCACCCCAGCCUGCACCCCAGCACCACCCCCACCCACCCCCACCUCCUGCCCACCACCACCAUCAUCACCACCACCACCAGGCACCUGCUCCAGUCUACAUUCCGUCACCUGCCCCUCAACCCAUAGUUCGUCCUCAACCACUACCAGUGUUCCAACCUCAGCCACAACCUAUUUACCAUCAGCCCAGUCCCUCUUAUGGAGUGCCUCAGGCAUUUGCACGAGCACCAGUACAACAAGCGCCGUUACCUGUGUUCGCUCCUCAACCGGCACCACAACCUCAAGCACAAGUAAACUCUAUCAGCCAGGUCUACCAGCCUAUUUCAUACUACCAGCAACAGCAACAGCAACAACAACAACAGUACUCACAGCAAGGGUACAAUUACCAGCAGCCUCAGCCACAGUUCCAGCCACAGCCUCAGCCACAGUUCCAGCCACAGCCUCAGCCACAAUUCCAGCCCCAGCCUCUUGCCCUCCAGGCUCAGCCAUUGCUCCAAAAUUCUGCACCUGUGCUGUCCAGCUACCAGGCUGACUCCAACCAGUACAACAUUGGUCAGGAACAAGUACACAGAGACGCUCUGGACUCCGUCGUAGUGAACCGUGUGCAGAAUAUAAUCAAAGAAAAUGAGCACAGUGUUGCCCGUAAUGCUGGAUACCAGUCCUUAGUGGCGGGAGUGUCUCUCGGACAAGCCAAGCCUAGUGUAGAAAUCACUUCCUUCGUCCACACAUCGCCUGCGGUGACUAGCUCUGGACAUAGCGCAGAAUUAUCAUCAUCAUCAUCGAGCUCAUCGAGCUCAUCGUUGGCGUCUUCCGCAGUGUCACUUCCCUCAGUGGACUACGGAGUACCUUCUGCGCCUGCCGCCAUCAGCUCCCAAUCUGCUGAGUCAUCUGCCACAUACAAUUUCUUACCACAGAACAAGCCAGCUAUCGCGUACGGACCACCAAACUAAUUUAGAAUAAGUACCUACGUCAUAGUAUUAUUAUACAAAGAGCUUUGUAAAUAGUCGACAUUUUAAGAAUUUUUGUAAAUAAAAUACAAAAUAAACCCUUUAUUAUUUUUA